UCAAGAAACGACAUUUUGACAAUUGUUAUUUCCGUUAUGCUAUUUUUGGCAAUUUUGUCUUUUGUUUUGUGUUAAAUAAAUACACUCUUUGAAAUCUUAAUAAAAAUCAUUAUUCAAAAAGUAUUGCAUGAAUAUUACUUCCUACUUGGAGACCUAGGAACGAGAAACACAUACAGGUAGUGAAACAUCGUAGCAACUGAAAAAGAAGGCCCUGAAAAUGGAUCAAACUCAAACUGGAGCCAGUACAUUUAGAGCUCAUCUUCGCACAUCAAUAAACGUUGAUGACAUAGCGAAUAUGACUAGAAUUCUUGACCAAGAACUGCUCGAUUCUCAAAAUACUUUAAACAAAAUUUCAAACAUAUUCGCUUCCAUCAACGAUUUUAAGAACAGCAAUUUGCCGGUUCACAACAUGGACAGAGACGCCAUUUCAAAUUUUUUAGACGCGGAGCCUUUAAAACUCGUUACGCCAGAUUUUGGGGGCAUUAAAUUUGAAGGUGAAGUUGAUGAAAUUUUGGCAACUAUGAAGAAAUAUGCUGAUCAUUUAAAAAAGAAUUUACCUGUUAUUGAAUCACCAACAAAUAUGGAAGAAACAGUUUAUAAUCCAGAACAUAUUGAUGUUAGCCAGUAUGCUGCUAGUUUGGAGCAACUGAAUAAGCGCCUGGCUCAUAUAAGACAGAACCUGAAGCAAGAACCUUCUACCAAGGAUUUGAAUAUUGAGCAAAAAUUGGAAACAUUAAAUCAAAAUGUUAAGCUAUUUAAAGAGAUGACAGAAGGAAAUGCAUUGUUAAGCAAAUGCAGUGCAGAAAGUGGUGAAAAAUUCAAAAACGGACACAACUCAACAAGCCAGUAUGAGGAAAUAGUUAAUAAGUUACUGUCUGGUAUUAACGAUGUUACAUAUUUAAGGCAAAAUAAGGGUUAAUUAAGGUAAAGUAAAAACGGUUCUUAGGAAUUUUGUGUCAUAUACAGGUCUACUUUGCAAUGUUAUGACAUAUUACUCAUUUUUAUUGUAUCUUUUCCAACAAUAUGAUGUAUAAUAAAACAUAUUAUAAAA